AUGAUCAAGUCAUUAAGCAUCGACACCCCAACAAAUGACGUCAUUCCGACGGCCUCAUUCUAUAUCAUCGAUAAGAAUAAAUCAAAAAUAUUUUGUCGAGCAAUUAUCGAUACUGGUUCUUCUACUAAUUUUAUUUCAAGUGAUCUUGCAUCAGUCUCAAACUUACCACAGAAGAAAUGUCAUGUACCUAUUGGUGCAUUAAAUGAAUUAUCUACAAUAGCUAAUCAAUGGAUUACUACAACUAUCUAUUCUAACAAUAACAAAUAUAAGAAAACUAUCGAUUUUUUAAUCAUACCAAAAAUAACGUCAACUCCAGAUCAACAAAUCAAUCGUCAAAACAUCAACAUUCCCGCAAACAUCAAUUUAGCUGACCCAGAGUUUCACAAGCCAGCUCCAGUACAAUUGUUGCUCGGUGCAGGUAUAUCCUUAUCUCUCCUUUGUGUUGGACAAAUAAGACUAUGUCAAUCGCCCUAUCCAGACUUAUACCUACAGAAGACCUUUGCUGGAUGGAUAAUAGGAGGAACUAUACCAGAAUUAUUCAACAACUUUUCAAAAUGUAAUUUAACAACGAUACAAAAUGACAUAGAGAGGUUCUGGGAAAUCGAAGAAGUUACUAAUAUCAAACACUUAUCUAAAUGUGAAGCAAUAUGCGAAGAACAUUACAAAAAACAUGUUACUCGUAAUGCAGACGGCAGGUACGUAGUAGCACUUCCUUUCAAUGAAAAGAAAACACAACUUGGAUCAUCACGUAGCAUGGCUUUAAAACGUUUGUUCAGUAUCGAAAAACGAUUUAAAAAGGAACCUAAUCUAUAUGAACAAUAUAAAGCGGUCAUUGAUGAAUACAUCGAAUUAGGACACAUGAUCAAAAUAAAAGGGGAACCGGAAGACGGUUUUUAUCUACCCCAUCAUGCCGUAAUCAAGAAUUCAAGUCAAACAACGAAGGUACGAGUGGUCUUUGACAGCUCUGCAGCGUCUAGCACAGGUGUCUCACUCAACGACGCACUGGAGGUAGGGCCCGUUAUACAAGAUGAUCUGCUGUCUUACGUCCUUUGGUUUCGUAUACCUGAAUAUUUAAUAACUGGAGACAUUGAAAAAAUGUUCCGACAAGUUCUAAUAAGAGAAGAAGAUCAAAAAUAUUUACGUAUCUUGUGGCGAGAACAAGAUGGAACAAUCUCAACUUAUCAAUUAACUACUGACACUUUCGGACUCUGUCCAGCCUCAUUUAUCGCUAUCAGAUCUAUCCAUCAAUUAUGUGAAGACGAAAAACAUCGAUAUCCAAGAGCAGCUGCUAGUCUGAAGAGACGUCUUUAUGUAGAUGACUACAUAGACGGAGACAAAACAACUGAAGGAGCAAUUCAACUAAGAGACGAAGUUAUUGCACUUCUUAAAGCUGGUGGUUUCAAUCUUAGACAAUGCGCAUCCAAUUCAACCAAGGUGUUACAAGACUUACCUGACUGUAGCAUAAACAAGCAAUUACAAGACAAAAACGACCCAACCCUAAAAACCUUAGACUGGGAUGAAUCAGUACCAAUGGGAAUUCAAACCGCUUGGGAUUCAUUUAUUGAUCAAUUAACAAUACUUAAUGAUAUAUCGUUCGAUCGUAAAAUGUUGCAUAAUAAACUAGUUAAAGUUCAACUACAUGGUUUCUGUGACGCAAGUGAAAAGGCUUACGGAGCUUACAUAUAUUUAAGAUCAACCAAUAAAAACGGUAACGUGAAGAUUGGAUUACUUUGUGCCAAAUCAAGAGUUGCUCCUAUCAAAACUGCUCAAACUAUCCCAAAAUUAGAAUUGUGCGCCGCAUUACUUUUAGCAAGUCUAUAUUCAAAGGUGAAAUCAUCUAUCGACAUCCAUAUUAACGAAUCAAUAUUUUGGACGGAUUCUAUGAUAACCAUUCAUUGGAUUCGUAAAUCGCCUCACAUGCUUAAAACAUUUGUGGCUAAUCGAGUAUCUGAGAUACAAUCUAAAACAGAACCCACAAAUUGGAGGCAUGUACGUACGUAUGACAAUCCAGCUGAUCUAUUAUCUCGGGGGAUGCUACCUGAAGAGUUUGCCCAAGCGACUAUAUGGAGAAAAGGACCAGUGUGGCUAUCCGAGAGAGAAGAAGAAUGGCCUAAACAACCUUCGAAUCUAGAUAUAGAAUUAACAGAGAUACCUGAGCUCAGAAAAAUCACUUGUUUAAUAACUAAAACAAUAGACGACGAUAUUCUUCAUCGAUAUUCAUCAUACUCGGAAUUACAACGCAUUAUUGCACUAUGUCUUCGUUUCAAAAUUUCAAAUAAAAAUAAGGGUGAUAUCAAAAUCUCAGAACUUCAAGAUGCUUCAAUUAUUACACUAAAAUUAGUACAACAACAAGCAUUUUCAAAAGAGAUAUCAUGCAUUCAACAAAAAUUACCUUUAUCAACGAAAAGUAAAAUUUUAUGCUUGAGGCCAUUUAUUGACGAAAAUGGAAUCCUUAGAGUAGGAGGUAGAAUUCAGCAAUCUGAAUUAACUUAUAAUCAACGACAUCCAAUGUUAUUACCAAAAUCACAUAAAAUAACUGAUUUAAUUAUUCAACGUGAACAUAUAAAUGGUUUACACAGUGGCGUACAAUUAACUGUAAACAAUCUGCAUUUAAAUUAUUGGCCUAUUGAUGCGAUUUUUAUUUGUCUUGCAACCAAGGCGAUUCACGUUGAAGCUGUUAGUGACCUCAGUACAGAGAGUUUUUUAGGAGCUCUACGAAGAUUCAUUGGAAGACGAGGACUAAGCGCUUCAAUUCAUUCCGAUAACGGCACAAAUUUUGUUGGUGCCAAUAAUGAGUUAAAGGAAUUAGCUGAGUUAUUUGCAUCUGACCAACACAAACUCCAAGUGAACAAUUAUUUAACACUUAAACAUAUAACCUGGCAUUUUAUACCUCCUCGAUCUCCUCACGUUGGAGGAAUUUGGGAGGCAGCUGUAAAAUCUUUCAAAUAUCAUCUAAAACGAGUAAUGGGAAAUGAACUCUAUACUUUUGAACAAUUUAAUACGCUGACUACAGAGAUUGAGGCUAUUCUCAAUUCGCGACCAUUAACAAAUAUUUCCAUUAAUCCUAAUGAUCCUGUCCCUCUCACUCCUGCUCACUUUCUUAUUGGCGAUUCUCUUAUGAGUCUACCUGAAAACAAUUUUAUAGAUACUCCAUCGAAUCGAUUAUCUAGUUGGGAACAAAUCCAAAAAAUCAAGCAGCAUUUUUGGGAAAGGUGGCACAAGGAGUACCUACAUCAAUUAAAUAUCAGACAUAAAUGGCAGACAGGAGAGCAUCCGAUCAAAGAAGGCUCAAUUGUCAUUAUUCGAGACGAUAACAUACCACCUCUUGAAUGGCGCCUGGGAAGGGUGUUAGAGGCUUGUGAAAGCGCUGACGGAGUGAUAAGAACAGUGCGAGUGAAAACAUCUACUGGUGAACUAAUCCGUAAUGUAAAGGGACUAGCACCAUUACCAAUAAAUAGAGACAUUAAUGACUAA